AUGACACUAGGGGAGAUGAACGAAGACCGCAAGAAAGUGUUUCCCUUGUUUAAAAAGGCCUCAAAACCGCAACGGUCGCACGCAUUAGAGAACCCACCCGCCCCCGGGACUCAUCUACUCCAUUCUUCCAACGAUGGCACCACGACUAAUCAUUCUGUUGAAAAGACGCAUCUUGAUGCUGUAAUUGGCAAGAAACCGCACGCGGCGGUGCCUGGUACGAACGGGAGCCCUGCUCAAGUAGACCUGCUAGAGGUGGAUAUCAACCAAGUCCGGAGGAAAAGGAGAAAGACUGCCUCUCCUGAAGUACAAGGUCCUCUAGCAAAUAGUGUACAUGAGGUUAUUGGACAGAAUGGUGACCAGACGAAGAAAGAGAAAGCGAGCCGGAAAUCAAAGGUCAAGAAAUCGUCAAUCACGUCUUUAGUCCAGGAACCGGGGAAAGAUGUUCAGAUGCCAACCGCAAUUUCAAUCGAAUUGACGGGGCCUAAACCUCAACAAGAACUAUUGAACAAAGAGCGCAGGAGCCUUCGAGAAACUUCGCCUACAGCUCACUCAAACCCUACCGAUUCGAACCAGAACAGCACAUCCGAAAACCCACAACUUAUGAAGAACCAGUCUACCGAGACGUCCAAUUCUCACGACAAUAUAAAUGGCAGCUCCGUUGCACGGGAAAGCAAAACGGGUAGCACUGGCAAUGCGAGUAACAAGCUAAAGAAGAUGCUGCAAUGGAAUCCGAGCACUGGAACGAUUGGAUCACCCCCCCAAAAAUGUAUCCCGCCUGAAAGCAAGAACAAGAAAACGAAAAAGGCUCGCAAAUCGAGAAUGGUCACAGUAUUUUACGGCGGAGAGCACUUUCUUACGGCGCACCUUGGUGUAAGAAUAAACAAUAUUCUAAAUGCAAGGCCUACCACUAUCGAAGAUUCAACGCCGAAUGACGCGGUCCCGAAAGAGCCUGAGAAGAAACCUGUCAAUCAAUCGAAGCCCCUUCAUCCACUUUUUGGGGGGAAAAGGCAGGCGAAACUCGAAGACAAGAUUGAAGAGCCGGACGCGCGGUCAAACCCCGUUCUCUCCAACCCCAAGAGGGCAAAACCUGCGGGACGGACAGGGAUGGCUUCCUUCGAUCGAUCUAAGAGCCCCCCUAAAAAAUCAACUUUUGCUUCGUUUGGCGGUUCUAACGGCAUUUUAAAAUUUCCUGGUGCCGUAGAACCUGCGUGGCCGUGGAAAGGAAUGCAACAUGUUCGUGGUAUUGACCAUGAAAUUCAGCAUGUGCAGAGUACAGGAAGAAUGAUCCAUGCUUCAGCACCAACCGAGAAAAAGUCGAAGUAUCAAGCUGUGAGCGUUCCGGAUAAGGAACAAAUAGUAUCUGUGUUGUCCGAAAAUUUGAAUGUUAAGGCAGUGGCAAGAACCAUUGCAGAAACCAACCCAGAUGAGUUUCCGACAAUUCCACGUUGCCUUCGAAUACCAUCCAAACACUACGAGGGGGGCAGCAGUUUGCAACGGAGGGUGAGGAAGGAACUUCGGGCUCCGCUAGAAACGCACGACACCAUGAAUGGUAUAUCUCCGUCUGAAGAUGGUAGCAAGACGACCUCGACCCGCACACGAGUCCAUCCAGCAAUUGCGAAUGUCUACGGUACAAUUCAAUCGAGGCUUUCCGCCUUUGACCAGGGAAAAUGUGAAACACAAGCAUGGAUACAGAAAUAUGCUCCAAGAUGUGCUUCAGAGGUUCUUCAGCACAGUAAGGAGCCUGUAAUGCUGAGAAAUUGGCUACAAACUCUUAUUGUCCAGUCUGUUGAUACUGGCGCCGUUGGUGGUCCAACACGGGCUCAUGGGCUUGCGAAAGGAGAACACGUAGGCAAGAGGAAGAGGAAGCCCAAAAAGCAGGACGAUUUUAUCGUCUCCAGCGAUGAAGAAGAUAAUGACCUAGAUGAAAUAACCGACCCAGAGGACGACUUCGAAAACCUUGGUCGAGCGACGUCAGUCAGGAAAACCGUGAUUCGAAAUGGCGAUGCGGCUGCUAUGGAAUCGAAAGAUCCCACCCGGUUAACAAAUGCGGUUGUUUUGAGUGGCCCACAUGGCUGUGGGAAGACUGCUACAGUCUAUGCUAUAGCGAGGGAGCUCGGCUUUGAAGUAUUUGAGAUUAACCCUGGUAGCAAACGGAGUGGAAAGGAUAUUCUAGAGAAGGUUGGUGAUAUGACACGGAAUCAUCAAGUGCAACAACCACACAAGGCUGGUCUAGUCGACGAAGACAAUCUUCGUGAUGAUCAGGCGUUGGCAAACGACCUCGAAAGCGGCCGACAAGGGACUAUGGACUCCUUCUUCAAAGUAAAGCCAGUGUCACAAACUAAAACGAUACCAUCGAAGCGCACCACAAUCUCUAAGAAAGUAGACGUCGCCUCUACCAACAACUCAUCAAAGCCAUCUUCAAAGCAGCAAAAGCAAUCCCUGAUCUUGAUCGAGGAAGCAGACAUUAUUUUCGACGAAGAUAAGCUAUUCUGGCAGACUAUCAUAUCGAUUCUGGCCCAGUCCAAGCGGCCGAUAAUCAUAACUUGCAACGAUGAGAAUGCCAUACCUUUUAAUGGUCUUACUCUACACGGCAUCUUUCGCUUCCAGGCACCGUCUGUAGACCUAGCGAUUGAUUACCUGUUGGUUGUGGCUGCAUGUGAAGGCCAUGCUCUAAAACGUCAAGCCGUUGCUGCUCUUUACCGGAGUCGAAAGUUUGAUCUUCGCGCUUCUAUAAUGGACUUGAACUUUUGGUGUCAAUUCGCCGUCGGGGAUGUCAAAAGUGGCCUGGACUGGUUUUAUCCUCGUUGGCCCAUUGGUGAGGAUAUUGAUUCCAAAGGUGAAAAGAUCCGUGUUGUUAGCGAAGAUACAUACCACGCGGGCAUGGGAAGCUUCAGUCAAGAUAAUCUUGAAAGUCACUGCCACUAUCUAGAUGUCGAGGAGGAAAUCCUUCAUGAGGCCUGGGAUACUUGGAGCUUUGAUGUCGGUGAUUGGCACAAGACGAUAGACAUAGAGAAGUGGGGGUCAAAUAUGCGAACUCUGUGCCGCAGCGAAGGCCAUAAUGGAGCCUCCGACUACUCAACAUUGAAGAUGUACCAGGACUUCACGGAAAUGAUGAGCGUGGCCGAUAUCUGUUCCGACGUCGCUUUCGCAUCAGACAAUCAGGUUCUCAUGGAUGUCGAGCUACCAAAGUUGACGUCAAAGGCACAGGAAGACUUUAUCCAGGCAUAUCCCAUCAUGGAUGUUUCUCCAAGGGUCGAGUUCAGCUCGUUGCCGAAAGACAUCUCGCUGUGGAUGAAAUGCAGAGCCAGGAAAUAUCUUCAGGAGGACAGUCAUGUCAAAUUCGGAUUCGAGAUCCCGCCCGAAUUGAAUCUUCCAAGCGAAGGUCGUUUGACUGAAAUCAUUCACAAACAGAUUUCAGAUCCAGAUCGAAACCUUUCCCGAACCGAUUUUGGGUUGGCAUUCGAUCCAAUCUCUGAGCCAGAGAACUCUUCUUCGUUAUCCGGUCGACUUGACGCAUCGGCAUUCGAUCGCAACUUUGCUAUAAUCACUCUUGAUCUUGCGCCAUAUACCCGGUCGAUCGUGGCGAACGACAAUCAUCUUCAACAGGAUCGUAUACGAUUGAGCAACCUUCUUAGCGAAGGUGGAAGAAAAAGCAAAAAAAUGCGAACAACUCGCGCUGCAAUGUCAGCACUUGAAGGUGGAUUCAGAAGUACAACUCGAAAGGAUCGAUAUUUUGGACCUGGUUUAAAUUCUAUCUUUGUCAUGAAAACUGGGAUGCCAAGUUGGACUGAAGCUGCGGAAACUGAAAUGAUUAGAGAACAGGCAAUCUUGAAACCGAGCAACUCACGCUCUGGUAGUGAAAGCAGCACCGAAGGACAAGGUGCUAAGCAGGAAAACUCCGAGAUGGAAACUACGAACAUCAAGCGCAAGCCGAAGAGGAAGCUUGUGAAGAAACAAGCAAUUAUUGAUCACAGCUGUAAUGAUCAAGACGAAUUAGCUGGAAACAAUACCUUAAAUAGUGGAUUGUAA